UGCGUAUCCGUCGCUCCCCCUCGCUACUUCAAUGACGUAGCAGACCCAAGCGGAAUUAUCCCCUCCCCUUGGCCAAGAGGCUAAUAAUACCAGGCGGAGCGACAAGUAGCCACGCACAUCCCGCACGAGAAGAGCAAGCCAGCCCUUCCACCCGACGUCGUAAGCUCACUUUUCAUUUUCCUGUCAAGUUCACCAGCCACCACUCACGCACACACCACUGCCACAAUGGUCUACACGAUCGUCGUCCACCUAUACGCCAAGGAAGGCAAGGAGGUCGAGGAGAAGCUACGCAACAAGCUGAUCGAAGCCUCGCAGGUGUACUCCAAGGACAUCGAGACCAUCGGCUGGCACGUGAUGCAGGACCACCAAGACCCGCGCAAGUGGUGCAUCGUCGAGCGCUACGAGCACGAGAGCAGUCAGAAGUACCACCUGGAAAACCCGUACUGGAAGACGUUCGACCCGUACGUCAUCCCCCUGCUGGACAAGCCGAUGGAUCUGCGCCGCUUCAACGAGCUGGACACGAGCAAGCCCGUGCACGUCGAGUAAGCGCGCGAGCGAACGAGUGAGCGAGUGACUGUCUGAGUACAAGUUGGUCUUUUCAAGGCGUUCCAUGUGAGGGUAGAUGGAGCUGUGGUGCCGUCAUUGCGUAGUGGAACUCUCUUAAAACACUUGCGAUAUGAGGAGCGCUUCCGAUCGAUCGACAUGUUGAGAUUCAGUUACUAGAAUCCUUUCGAGAAGUCAUAGUCCGCGCCCACGUUGGCAGCAAUAGUAGAAAUAUAAGAAAAGAAAAUUUAAUAGCACGUUGCUAGAUCUAGCAGAAGUAGAAAUUGUUAAAGAGAUACUGGUAGUGCUCUUUAACAAUUAAAAAAAUCUUGCAGUCUUUAACCCUUCAACAUAUUAUAAGAUCAGUACUGUGCGUA